ACAGAGCGGCGCAAAAGUGGCGAAUGCUGAAAAUACGAUGAGCCUGGCUGCACGUGGCCUCCUGGCGCUCCUCGUCGUCGCCUGCGCCAGCCUUACCGAUCGACCAGUACUCGCCCAACGACAAGGCAUAAACAACUACAACGGCAAUGGCAACAGCAACAAUGUACGCUGGUCACCGCAGCCGUCGGCCGCAGCUCUGCGUCAAAACCCGAGCAACCUGCUCUACCAAACGAGCAAUAAUCUAGUUAACAAACCGCAGCAGCAGCAGCAACAACAACAGCAGCAGCAAAGAAAUGAAAGUCCGAAAGUCGUGACGCAGGAUCAAGACUCGUCGAUCGAGUACGUCGAGUACGAAUACUACGACGAUGACGAGGAGAUUCCUGGAGCUGGAGCCCCUGCUGCUGCGUCGAGUACGAGUACGAGUACGACGAGUACGACUACGAGUACGACGACGACGACGACGACGACGACGACGACGUUGAAACCCGAGGUGAGAGCGGCCAAGGCUCAAUCGGCGCCGGUGCUCUACGACGACGACGAUUAUUACUACGACGACGAGUACGAGGACGAGCCCCAGCAGCAGGUCGACGAUGAUAAAAAAUCGCCGACUGUCAAUAAUAAUAAUAACAAGACGGCCGAUGGAUCGCUGCUUUCUUACAAAGUUCAGAAGGAAAGCAACGAAACCGGAUCGGUCCAAACGAGCGACGAGUCGUCAGAGUUCAUCGGCGAGGUGGUGUCGGUCGUGACGACCAAGAGCGUCGUCAACGGCACCUACUCGGUGCCCGAGGUCACGGAGUCGCCCCAGCCGACGAGCACCAUGACGUCGACGACGAAGAAAGCAACGACGCCAGCUACGACGUCUACUACCACGACAACGACGACGACGACGGCGGCACCGACUAGUCCGAAUACCACGAGCAAGACGACCACGGAGUUCUCGCCGUCGUCGACGAUCCAGGCCUCGGUGCAGACCAGCCGCAGCGUGUCGGGCGCCCGCUUCCUGCCCUACCCGUCCAUCUUCGAGUUCGACAAGCCGCUGACCAAGCAGCAGCAGAAGGACAAGGACAAGCAGGACAGUAACAAUAAAAACAAUGAAGCGAAGAGUGAGGAGGAGGAGGUGGACGAAGAUGAAAAAUCGACGGCCGACAAGGACGAGGAGGAGGACGAGAAGAAGGAGACGCAAGUGGAGAAGCAGCUGGACGAGCAGAAAGACCAGCCCGAGCAGCAGCCGCAGCAGCCGACGUCGGACUCGACCGAGAGCAUCAUCGAUAAGCUCGAUCGCGUCCAGUCGGAACUGUCCAGCGGUUUUCUCGCCCACGGAAGAUUCGUUCCGCGCAGAUACCAGAAGAAGCCGUUCUCGACUACGUCGCUGAUCCUGCCGCCUACGUCCACGAUCGCGCCCACCUCCUCGCCCAUACCGCCCAUCACCAUCACCGCGAUCACGAAGCGGCCGCGCGUCCAGACCACCAUCGAGGACGUCUCGGCCUUCCUGCCCAAGGACUAUCCGAAAGGCAACAAUAACGGAGGACGCUUCACCACGGCGACGAAGCGCCCCAAGGUCCAGACCACCAUCGAGGACGUCUCGGCCUUCCUGCCCAAGGAUUUCCCGCGUUACGGGCAGGCGUCCACGACGACGACGUCGACGACGACGAGUACCAAGAGGCCGAAAUUCCAGACGACGCUGGAGGACGUCGAGGCCUUCCUGCCCAAGGACUAUCCCAAGGGUGGCUAUCGAGGAUCUUAUAAACGACCCGGCUCGUACAAGACCACCGCCGCCGCUUCGAGUAACACGAGAACGACCAGUUCGACUUCGACGACGAGUACGACGACGAGUACGACGGAGAAGAGCACCGCCAGUACGAGCAAAAAAGUCCAGACGACCAAGGACGACAUAAGCGCCUUCCUGCCGCCGGGCUACAAGCUCAAGCCCGAGGAGGCCACCACGGAGAAGGCCUCGAUACUCACGGAGAUUCUGCUCAAGAGCAAGGUCAUCGGGCCCGACAACACCAAGAUCUCGCAGACGAGCUCGGUCUCGCAGAGCAGCAGAGUCAGCAAUGGCAGCAACAGUCAGGACACGUCCAAAGCCAAGCCACCUCUGGAAGAUCUGUUCGUGAAGACGGCGGCGAUCGACGCGGCCCUACUGCCGCCCGGUUACAAGCCCGAGCCCAAGUCCCCCAACAGGACCAACGACUUGAUAGUGGAAAAGAUUCCGCUCGCCGAGAUAUUGGCCAAGUCGGCCGUCGACGUUUCGGCCCUUCUGCCGCCCGGUUACAAACCCGACGCCGUCAAGCCGUUGAAGAAGAGCGAGGAGAGCAACGACGCGGCGGCGGCUGGACAAGUGGACGCGGAGAGCGACAAGCCCAGCAACAGCAACAAUUCCAAGAUAGUCUAUCCACGCAGACCUGGUGGCAAUCAUCGCAAAUCGCCGGCCGCCAAGCUGACGACGCCCCCGGUCGCGGUUCAAAGCACGCCGAGCAUAAAGAAGGGCUGGCCGACGAGGGCAACGACGGAAUUCACCGGCUGGCCGACGACCUCGACCACUCCCAUAUCGAUCGCCAAGCUGCUCGAGGUGGCGCGCACGGCCACCGCCGGCGAUCUCUCCGCGCCGGGUGGUCUCGUGCCGAUCACGAGUGAGAUCGACAGCACCACAACCAGCACGACUACCACGACGACGACGACGACGACGACGAUGAGGCCGACCACGCCCGGUCUGUGCGACGGCGAGUGCGAGGUCGCGGGCACGAUAAGGAUCGUCGAGAACGCCAACUGGGCGCCCGAGCUGCUGGAUCGCAACACGAUCGAGUGGCAGGAGCUCGCCGAGGAGAUCGAGCGUGAGAUGAACCUGGUGUUCGCGAAAUCGCCGGUACUGAGGAAGUGGUUCCGUAAGAUACGCAUCGACUCGUUCAGUCCGGGCAGCGUACUCGUCGACUACUUCGUCGAGCUCGAGGACUUGAAGGAGCGCAUCAAUACUCAGCAGCUGAAGGUCAUAUUCCACGACUCGUUGAGGACCUUCAACUUCGACAAUCCGAUGGAGGUGACGCCCGUCAAGGCGCCCGUCAAACUCGGCAAGUUCGUCAUCGAUCCCAAAUCCACGGAUUUCGUCGUUAUACCAAGGAUAGCAUCGCCCAAAGUCAGCGAGGACGAGAAUAGACUGAUACCACAAUGGGCCAUAGCGGUGAUCGUCGUCGGUGUCACCGGUCUGCUGUUCAUCAUUGUCUUCGGUAUCAUUGUUGUGAAUCGUCAGAACGGCUCGAAGCUGAAGCCGGCCCUGAGCUCGAUCUACGACGACAGCAUGACGAAGAACGUGAUGAGCAGCCAUCACAACACGCCGGCGCCCACGCCCUCGUCGAGGCCGCCCGCCGCCAUGCUGGCCCAUCACGAUUAUCAGCAGAAACAUCACGGCGGCGGUGGUCACUCCGGCCACCACAGUAGUCAGCACGAUCAACAUCAUCAACAUCAUCACCAACAGCAGCAGCAGUAUCAUCAUCAGCCGCAGCUGCAGCACGAGAUGUGGAGCGACCCGUGGGGCCACGACAAGACCUUCGAGUCGUCGUCGCACAAGAUCCUCGUGGACGCCGCCUAUCCGUACGAGCGCAAGUACAAUCCGUACGACAGCUGGAAGUCCGAGUGGAACGGCUACUAUUAUCCGCCGCCCGCGACCCACGCAAGCGGCUCGAAUUUUUCACGCCAUCAUCCGGAUUACGACAAUCAUUUUUGAGAGAGAGAGAUUGGUAAAAAGCUGCGGAAAGAAUUGUAAGAACGGUAGAAAAAAAUGAUAGUACAUUUCGAUUAUCGAGUAAAAUUAUGUAAUUCAGUAGGAUAAGGUUUGCUCGUCCUUUAACUCGUGUAAAAAGACUACGUUUUAUCUUGUACUCCUCCGUCCUGUUAAGUGUUUUAUUUUUUAUUAUUAUUUUAUAAUUGUACGAUCGCGGUAUAUGACUUACUCGAUCGAGAAAAUCAAUCAAAAACGCGCGUUUGACCGAUCGAACGAAUGAAGAUAAUAUGAACGAUCGGCAAACUCUAGUUCUCUCUGAAUGUAUAUAAUAAUAUCGAUUGAUU